CUUAUAUAUACACCACUAACAAAGUCAUCACUUUCAUAGCACUCAAAAACUUAUCUCACCAUUGCAAUCAUCUUCCUCUCUCACCAUAUUCUAAAAGCUAGCAUCUUCAUCAUCAUUCAUGGCAGCUUCAACCUUGUCUUUCAGAACUAUCUCCCCUAACUCUUUGAAACCUGCUACUAUCUCCACAAGAUCAUCAUCACUCGCCACUUCGAACACCACAUCCCUCUUACACUUUACUUCUUCACACUCAUCUCUCUCAAAAUCUCUCAAACUCAACACCUCUUCCCAGCACUCUCACCUCUCACUCCCCCACAAGAGUUUCACUUGUAGAAGCCAGGCUCAACAAGCAUCUGACUCAGCCAACGUCCAAGAACUAAGAGUGUAUGAGAUCAAUGAGAGAGAUCGUGGAAGCCCUGCUUACCUCAGAUUGAGCCAGAAAACUACCAAUUCUCUUGGUGAUCUAGUCCCCUUCAGCAACAAGUUGUACUCCGGAUGCUUGCAAAAGAGGGUGGGGAUAACUGCAGGAAUCUGUGUUUUGAUCCAAAACAAAGCAGAGAAGAAAGGAGACAUGUACGAGGCAAUCUACAGCUUCUACUUCGGGGACUACGGUCACAUUUCAGUGCAGGGUUCUUACCUGACCUAUCAGGACUCAUAUCUUGCUGUCACUGGUGGAACUGGCAUCUUUGAAGGGGUGCAUGGUCAAGUAAAGUGUCAACAACUUGUCUUCCCCUUCAAACUGUUCUACACUUUCUACCUUAAGGGCAUCAAAGACUUGCCUCAGGAGCUUCUUUCCGAGUAUGUUCAGCCCGGGCCUGCUGUUGAGCCCAGCGACGCUGCCAAGGCCUGUGAACCACAUGCUGUUAUUUCUGGUUUCCAAGACUGAGCACCAUUCAAGACCCUAUGUUUCUUUCACUACCCUAACAAUCUCAGUCUACACUAAUUUCAAAUUUCACUUUAGAUUGGCUUAACUCUUUCGUAAUCAAAGGAAUAAACAUGGAUUCAAUUUUUUGUAAUGGAAAGAGAUAUGUGUGGCUGGUGUUGUUGGAGUGUGGGAAGAAUAGACCAGUAAAAAAAUCAACAUUCUUUUGUUUUACUCUGUAGAUGUCAGAAAAUGAUAUUUUACUAUAUAUUAUGUUGUGCUUGUUAAGUUUUGUCAGAUUGAAAUUAAUUAUAGGCUUUGUUUUGUGAGAAAAAUAAUUGUAUGAUUGGUGAGAAUUAAUGGUACUAUUUAUUUUAUAUAGAUUUACAUCUCUUGGUUUUAACUAGAGAGAAAUAUUUGGUAGCAUAUAACCCACUGUACUCAUAUAGUAUAAAAGGCUCUCGGUCUCCCUUCUUUCACAGUGUAUCUUUACAACCAAAACUUUAUUCUGUGUACCUUCUGACUUUGCACCCAUUAUAGUUUUUCUGAGAUUCAAACAUGGUAUCAAGAUCUCAUUGAUUUUAAGGGUAUGUGAGGAAGUGAAAACUAGUUAGAAAGUCAUAUACAAAUCAGAAAAAAUACCCACACGAAAAGAUGACAUCAACCAGUAGUUCCUUACCUCUACCUCCUAUUUUUUAGGACAAAAUUGUGAUUUGUGGGCUG